AUGAAGGGGGGUUUUCGUUUAGAUCUCACCCUUUUUCUUUUAGUUCUGUAUGUUUUGACUUUUGUGUGCUUUCUUUCCCUCCCUUCUUCCCUUGGUGCUUUUCCUUUUCAUUUGUUCUGUGUGUCUGGGUUUGUGCGUGCUGUCAUUGUCUUUGAUUGUGUGGUCCCACAUCCCAUCCUUUGUUAUUAUUAUUAUUAUUUGCUCUUGUUGUUGGUUUGCCUGUUGUUGUGUUACUGUGUGUACGGUUCUUUUCUCCAACCGCUCUUUUUUUUUUUUUCCCUCUGCUACUAUGAAUGUCCGCACUCUUAUAGCACCAGAAGGAUAAAUUCUGGGAGCGCACGGGAGCAUUUUUUAUAUUUCUUUCAAGAAAUUAUUUUUCGUAUUGUUUUUUUUUUCUUUCCUUUCUUUUUGGGGGGUGGUGCGGUUGGAGCCAGCGCCAUGCCGCUGUUUCCGCUGUUACGGGAGCAGCUCUCUGGCCGGGGACAACCCCAAAUCCGUCGCAUGCUGCCCUGUGCACAUUGCCCGAAGAUGACUACAGCAGAGAAGGCGCAGUUGCGGGAAAUGAACCUUCUUUCCUACGAUCAGUCUGACCUCCUAAGGCAGAUUUCAUCGGCAUGGGAGCGGGGGGAUCUCAACGCACUGCACCGGUGCUUGCAGGAGUGCACCGUGUACUUUGAUCCCAAUAAGCCGCAUUUAUUAGCAUAUUUUGUGAGUCUUGGUGGCAUUGAUUUGUUUGCCACUUUGCUGUGUGAUGUGACCAUGCCGGCACGGCUGAGUAAGGCAUCCACGCAUCAAUUUGGUUUUAUGGAUACCAAAGGCCAUGCCCCGUGGCAGCUCGUCAGAGCCAUUGCGACAUUGAUGCGUGUGCUGACAGAGUUGCUUGUCUGUCACAAUGAACUGGGUUGGCAUUACUAUGAUAGUUAUCCCGGACUUUUUUUCAGACUGUUGGAACUAGCAAAGGUGGCUGAACUGCGACUCACCGCAGUUGUCAUGCUGGAGCAUCUGGUUCUGAGCGUAGGCCCAGUGUUGGAGAUAUCGAAAGUACCGGCGUUACAGGAACUGAUUCGCACCAGUGAUGAUGCAACACUUGCCAUUUUGUGUCGUGUAAUUGCGUUACUUAUUGUUCCGGGUGUGGUUUUGAAUCAGCGUGAAUCGCCUCACCAAAGUCUUGUCUACCCCGAGUCUCUCCUGCCGCUUCAACGUAUUCAGCGGGUCAUUGAUAGCAACGUUCUCUGGCUGAUUGGAGAGAAGGACCUCGUCAAGCGACUUGUGAUGUUGUGCGAGGUGCGUGGAGCAGGUGACCUUCGUGCCAUGAUGCAGACCGAGCGUUCUGUCACCUCGCUGGAAGGAAUUGUUUUCGAGCCGGUUAUGCAGGAGUUGUCCACCACCGCGAUUGCGGCCUUACCGUCAUUGGGUGGUGGUUUUCCAGCAAACAACCCUUUUGGCGGCUUGGAUUUUGGGCAGCUGGGGUUGGUCGCUUCGCGGGCUUUGGGCCGCAACAGCAAUGGCAGUGGCACUAGCAACAGCAACAACAGUGAUCCCGCGACUCGUUUCGAUUGGGUCGGAGGACGCGGCUACGGCGUGGAAGAGCUCAUAGAAGACGCCGGGGGCACACCGCCUCCGCAGGCAUUAGGUGCCAUGAUGGGCAUGUGGCCGGAAGAAGACACCACCUCCGCCGCCUCUAUCGCGACGGUUGGCUCAAAUGUAGACUUCAGCUGGUUUGUCGGAUGCGCUGACGCAAAACAACGGUGGCGAAUGCGUGACUUGACACUGCGUGAGGAAGUGGAUGACAAUUGUCCACUUCUAUGCGGGUUUGGGCCGGUAACGGACAGUAAGUCAUACGAGGCGUUUCGAAAGGAGAGUCGCUUCUUUUGGCAGUUUCUCGCCCCGGUGCUGAAAGACC